CGAUUUUUUUUCUUUUCCCUUCUCCUGUCCUCAUACAAACCUCAGUGCACUUUACUUAGACGAUCAACUCUCGUUCUACUUGCGACAGCAUACCUGCGUUCACUCGCCGCGCUUAAUCAUUAAUACUCUCUCUCUGUCCUUUCAGUUUUCUACCAAAACGACAAAAUGCCUUCUGCUCCUGGUGACGCCAAGAAGGGUGCCGGUCUCUUCAAGACCCGAUGCGCUCAAUGCCACACUUUGAAAGAGGGCGAGGGUAACAAGGUCGGCCCUGCGCUGCACGGUCUCUUCGGUCGUAAGACCGGUCAGGUUGAGGGUUUCGCCUACACAGACGCCAACAAGCAGAAGGGUAUUACCUGGGACGAGAAGACUUUGUUCGACUACCUAGAGAACCCCAAGAAGUACAUUCCUGGUACCAAGAUGGCCUUCGGUGGUCUCAAGAAGGACAAGGACCGGAAUGAUCUUAUUACUUUCUUGAAGGAGGCUACGGCAUAGACGAAGUUACGAAACAGACGUGUACCAAUACAAUCAUGAUUGCAUAGACAGGACCGGCCAGUUGUACUUAUAGACAGACUACUAGACCGUUUUUCCACCCGCCGUGGUGCGAACACAUACCCAUCUCCCCUUCUUUCAGAGCAGCAUAUACCUGGUCGGAGUACUAGGAGUUCAGGCUUUCGUGCGGAGGCUUGGAUUGAAUAUAAUGUGUUGCAAAUACUUGAACAUAAUGCGCAUGUUUCAAAGACCAAUAAUCCUGGUUUGUUCCUUGGAAUUGCCCCCCUGGCCAAAUUAUUGUGCUGCUGUAUAUGACGUAGUUGUUGAUGAUGAUAACGUAAGGAUCUAUUCAGAACCAAGACGAUAAUUAGCUCUUAUUGCCUCUUGAAGACCCACUCCACCAUCGUAGCUUGUAGCGCAGUAUCAUUGAUUCUUCCGUGGCAAACAAGGGGGGAACCGGCGAUGUAAAGACUAAUAAAGGCAACGUGUGUCCAAAGAGAAAGGUUCGAAGUAGA